CAGGAGUAUAUAAACAAGGAAUCUUAGCUGUAUUCUUUUUCAACUAUUUACUCUCGUUUAUAGAAUCAGCUAGUAUGACCAACAACUUCUUUAACAACCAAUACGAUACCAACCUCAAUAGCCUCACACAGAAUGAGGCUGUGGAAGCGCUCUACUUGGAAUGGAAACGCGACCAGCAAAUCGCAAAGGCGAAGGUAUUGGCAGCAAACAUUGACAUCUUCUUUGGUGGUAUGCCAGUCUCUGAGACAUCCUCAAUCGUCUCUGCACAAAGCAGAGAAAGAAACAGUGUUAGUCUUACGCGUUUUAUAAAGCGCACAUGCGCUAAAAUAUUCCAGAAAUCCAAACCUAUGCGUUCAUUUGAGAACAGCACAGAUGAAGGCAGUAUUGGCGAUUCCCAUCAAUUGACAUCUACCGCUAUUGGGCACUCUAAUGCGAUCGAUAGAGAUCGCCGUAACAUGAAAGGGAGAGGGUUCAACAUAAGCGACUUCGACCUCAUGCUUUUGGAGACAAACUACAAUAUAUACAACCAAGAGUGAGGUCUGCAAUUCGGUUGUUGGAUAAAUUGUAUGAUCUACAUUUCGCUCACGAAGCA